AUGCUCCGCUCUGCCACCUCUACCCUUCGCCGCGUUGCUGCCGUCAAGGCCGCUCCCGUUCAGCAGGUCGCCGUCCGCUCCUUCUCGACCACCAUGGCCUCCCAGAACGUUUCCUUCGGCCUCAGCGAGGAUCAGCUCGCCAUCCAGGAACUCGCCCGCAAGUUCACCGAGGACGAGAUCAUCCCCAUCGCUGCCCACCACGACCGCACCGGUGAAUACCCCACAGAGUUGAUCCGCAAGGCCUGGGAGCUCGGAUUGGUCAACACCCACGUCCCUCAGAAGUAUGGCGGUCUUGGUCUCGGUGUCUUUGAUGCCUCGCUCGUCUCGGAGGAGUUGGCUUACGGAUGCUCUGGUAUCCAGACUGCCAUUGAGGCUAACGGAUUGGCUGAGGCCCCCCUCAUUGUUGCCGCCAACGAUUUCCAGUUGAAGAAGUACCUCGGCAGAAUGACUGAGGAGCCUCUGAUGGCUGCCUACUGUGUGACUGAGCCCGGUGCAGGAUCUGAUGUUGCUGGUCUCCAGACCAGGGCUGUCAAGAAGGGCAACAAGUGGGUCAUCAACGGACAGAAGAUGUGGAUCACCAACGGAGGCAAGGCCAACUGGUUCUUUGUCCUCGCCAAGACCGAUGCCAAUGCUAAGACUGGCCAGGCUUUCACUGGUUUCAUUGUCGAUGGCGACUCCAAGGGAAUCACAGUUGGUCGCAAGGAGCAGAACAUGGGCCAGCGUGCCAGUGAUACCCGUGGAAUCACAUUCGAGGAUGUCGAGGUCCCCGAGGAGAACGUUCUCGGCAAGGUCGGACAGGGAUUCAAGAUCGCCAUGGGCGCUUUCGACAUCACCCGCCCCCUCGUCGCCGCCGGAGCUGUCGGUUUGGCCCGCCGCGCCAUGGUCGAGGCAACCAAGUACGCCGUCGACCGCAAGACGAUGGGUAAGCCCAUCAUCGAGCACCAGGCCGUCAGCUUUAUGAUUGCCGACAUGGCCAUCGGUAUCGAGGCUGCUCGUCAGAUGGUCUGGAAGGCUGGUUGGUUGAAGGAUAACGGCCACCGCAACACCUGGGAGGCCUCCAUUGCCAAGGCCCUCGCUUCCGAUGUUGCCGUCAAGUCUGCCUGUGAUGCCGUCCAGGUCUUUGGUGGUGCUGGAUUCAACACCGAAUACCCCGUCGAGAAGUUGUACAGAGAUUCAAAGAUCUUCCAGAUCUAUGAGGGUACCUCCCAGGUCCAGAGACUUAUCAUCGGAAAGGGUGUUGUUGACCGCGUCCUGGCCUAA